UCCCCUAAGAGUCACGUGCUCUGUUUCAGCUUUUAGGGCGGAUCUUCGACACAGGGAGACUCUCUGAGUUGCAUAGUGAGGUCUUCACACUCCUUCCUUCUAGAUGGAGGAUUAGGGGACAGAUGUGAAGACAGAGAUGUUCUUGGUUCUCACAUGCUCACUGAUUCUCCUGGCAAGCUGCUCCAGCUGCCAGCACCACGCAUGCCACUGUGCAGGCAGGAUUUUCAUCUGUCAGGAGAGCAAGGUGGUCCAGCUUCCUCGGGACAUCCCCACCAAUGCCACUGAACUGAGAUUUGUCCUUACCAAGAUGAGAGUCAUUCCAAAAGGAGCUUUUGCAGGACUUCAUGACCUAGAGAAAAUAGAGAUCUCACAGAAUGAUGCCUUGGAGGUCAUAGAAGCAAAUGUGUUUUCCAACCUUCCCAAACUACAUGAAAUAAGAAUUGAGAAGGCCAACAACCUUGUGUACAUUGAUCAAGAUGCCUUCCAGCACCUUCCAAGCCUUAGAUAUUUGUUAAUAUCAAACACUGGCCUUAGGUUUUUACCUGUUGUCCAGAAGGUGCACUCCUUCCAGAAAGUUUUACUAGAUAUUCAAGAUAAUAUAAAUAUACGUACAAUUGAAAGAAAUUCAUUCAUGGGCCUGAGUUCUGAAAGUGUGAUUCUAUGGCUAAAUAAAAAUGGGAUUCAGGAGAUUGAGAAUCAUGCAUUUAAUGGAACCUACCUGGAUGAGCUAAAUCUAAGUGACAAUCAAAACUUAGAAAAAUUACCAGAUGAAGUAUUCCAAGGAGCCAAUGGGCCUGUUGUUUUGGAUAUUUCCAGGACAAAAAUCAGUUUCCUGCCAGGUCACGGAUUAGAACUCAUUAAGAAGCUAAGAGCAAGGUCUACAUAUAAUUUAAAAAAACUUCCUGAUUUAAGCAAAUUUAGAUCAUUGAUUGAGGCAAAUUUCACCUAUCCUAGCCAUUGCUGUGCAUUUACAAGCUGGAAAAGACAAAACACUGAAUUACAUCCAAUAUGUAGCAUAUCUCAGGCUAAGCAAGACCUUGAUGAGCAACCUGGCAAUAAGAUACAUAGACGAUCUGCAGCUGAAGAUUAUAUUUCCAACUAUGGCAUUGGUUUUGACCCUGCAGAGAAUGAAUUUGACUAUGGUUUAUGCAAUGAAGUAGUUAAUGUGGCUUGCUCACCUAAACCUGAUGCUUUCAAUCCAUGUGAAGAUAUUAUGGGUUACAAUAUUCUGAGAGUCCUGAUAUGGUUUAUCAGCAUUUUAGCUAUCACUGGGAACACUGUUGUCCUCAUUAUUUUAAUAAGCAGUCAAUACAAACUCACUGUACCUCGUUUUCUAAUGUGCAAUCUCGCAUUCGCAGACCUCUGCAUAGGUAUCUAUCUGUUGUUUAUUGCAUCUGUAGAUAUACAGACUAAAAGCCAGUAUUACAACUAUGCCAUAGACUGGCAAACAGGGGCUGGAUGCAAUGCUGCAGGAUUUUUUACAGUGUUUGCAAGUGAACUCUCAGUCUACACAUUGACUGUGAUAACUCUGGAAAGGUGGCAUACUAUCACCUACGCCAUGCAACUGGACCGCAAGGUUCGAUUUCGGCAUGCUGUGAUUAUAAUGAUUUUUGGCUGGAUGUUUGCUUUCACGGUGGCACUUCUUCCCAUAUUUGGUGUCAGCAGCUACAUGAAGGUCAGCAUUUGUUUGCCCAUGGACAUAGAGACACCGUUUUCUCAGGCUUAUGUUAUAUUUCUUUUAGUGUUGAAUGUACUCGCCUUUGUGAUCAUAUGCGCCUGCUACAUCUGCAUCUACUUUACUGUAAGAAACCCUAACGUCAUCGCUUCAAACAGUGACACCAAGAUUGCCAAGCGCAUGGCUAUAUUGAUCUUCACAGACUUCCUCUGCAUGGCGCCAAUAUCGUUUUUUGCUAUAUCAGCCUCACUCAAGGUUCCUCUCAUCACAGUGUCCAAAUCCAAGAUCCUCCUGGUUUUGUUUUACCCCAUCAAUUCCUGUGCAAACCCUUUCCUCUAUGCCAUUUUCACAAAGACUUUCCGCAGGGAUUUCUUCAUUCUGUUGAGCAAGUUUGGUUGCUGUGAAAUGCAAGCCCAGAUUUACAGAACAGACACUUCCUCAUCUGCUCAUAAUUUCCACACAAGAAAUGGUCAUUAUCCUCCAGCAUCAAAAAACAGUGAUGGGACUAUUUAUUCACUGGUUCCUCUAAAUCACUUGAACUGAAAUGCCUGCAUGAGUUUGUGUCUGAGGCAGUGUGAUAAUCACUUUCAACUGUGAAUUUGAAUAAUGACUACAACAUAGCAUGGAAACUUAUUUUUGAUGGGAAAACAUUUUUAUUUCCUCUUUGCUUUUUUGUUCAAUGAACAGUCUUCAGAGAUGACACAUGAUCUUCAUUAGUUCUUGAAGGACAAAGAACAAAACUGCAGUAUAUGUCAGAGUGUCCUUGUAGAAUUGUCUCCAGAAAUAAAUGAGCUUAUAAACAGGUAUCUCAUACUAUACAGGCAGAGAUUGCUUUCAUUCUAGGAAGAUGUUACCUGCUUACUGACAAUUAAAUAAUGGUUAUAUGUAGUCAAAAGAAAAAAAAUAUGUAGAAUUAUUUUUUUUUUGUCUGUGAAGCAUGUUAUAACAAUGACCGAUAAUUAUCUCUUUUCAUUAAUCAUAUCUUCUAGGGUUACAGGAGAAAGACGCCCAGUCUUUAAGGUUUUAAGCCCUCCUUCAGUACAAACUUACCAGUAAUGAAAAUAUCUUCUGUUGCUUCCAUUUGUGUUUACCAUAGCAGAUGGGCGGAUGCAUCUUCAGUUAGGUUAAUGUUAGCUGUCCCACACUGUGUGUGCAUACUUUAAUCUGCACAAAAGUAUCACGUUGGGUAGGAUUGUGUUGAUCUAGACUGGUAGGCUCAAAGAAACAGAUUUCAUGUGAAUUAAUAUCAAGGAUUUUAGUUUGACUUGGGUUUUGUUUCCAAGACAAGAAAGAGCAGGAACAAAACUAGAAGAAAUCCUUCAUAACAAGGAGGAUGCUUCCUCAAGUUGGUUUCACAAAGUUGGGUUGAAAUAGCUUUUCUGGGGUUGGACCCCUUGGUUAUUUGGACCCCUUGGAUAUGUGGGUUGUUCUAACAUGAUUCCUCGGGCUAUGUCAGGGUCAUUGUAUCCAGAUGCAUCCUUUUGGCUUUUGAAUAUUUUUAGCUUUUAUUUUUAUUUUUUUUAUUUUUUAUUUUUUAUUAUUUUUUAGCUUUUUUUACUAUUUUAGCUUUUAUGAUAUUAGAAGUACUCUUUCCCCUUCCCUUAUAAAUAAUGUUUCAUGUGCAGCCUAUAAGAUGAUGCUCCUGACUGAAAGAUGUGAGAGGCAUAAGCUGCAUAGGUUGAAAUAAGGGGGGGGGGGGGACCUUAUUCAAGAUUUCCUGAUUUUACAGAUGUUUUGAAUACAGAUGUUUUGAAUAACAUCUGAAUGUGUGUGCAAUCUUUUUGCAAGGCUUAAAAAUUAAAUGGUACAGGUUAAUCAUUCCAAAAUGCAUUGAGUAUUUAGAGUUGGGUUGUGUUUUCUCCUGGUGAUUAUGUGUCUAUGUGAAGAUAUGGAGACAUAAAAAAGCAAAGAAAAAGCAAAGAAAAAAAAAGCAAAGUCUGAACUUCAUUUCCACCUCACAGACAAUUCACGUUUUUGCCCCAUGAGAUUAAAAAUCUUUGGAGUCUUCACGGGUUAAUAUGAUGAGUUUUGAAUAUUUCCUGUUUACAACUCCUAACAUUUCAGCAGCUGUUUUGAUGUUUCCAUCCAUAAUUUUUCCUGUCAUCAGCUUUACAUGUCAGCACCUGAACCUGAUGUGAAUAACUACAGGAGACGAUCGAAUCCUAGCUGGGAAAGAAGGUAUUAGCAUAAAAUUAGCAUAAAACAGGGGAAAACAAAGACGGGGGGAUGGGGGAGAGAAGGAUGGAAUUUUCUUUACUCAACGUGGGUAACACCUCCUCCAAGAUCCAGGAGGAAGAAGAAUGGAAGAGCUAGACCGCAAAGACAGUCCAUCUCUGGGAAGCCCUUCUGAGUACUCAGAGGAAUCAUUUCUUCACAAACACUUUAUGUCAUAUACAGUGUAGUUGUAUGCAGUGAUUAAAACCCAACCUAAUGGAAGUGUUUUAAGGGAAUUGGUGGAGUCCCCAUUCCGGGAGGUAUUUAAGAGAUGUGUGGGCAUAGCAGUAGCGGACAUGGUUUAGUGAUGUGACUUGGUAGAUCUGGACUUGAUGGUCCUGAAGGUCUUUUUCCAAUUUAAA